AUGUCCCUCAACAUAUCGCUAUACACAGUCACGGCUGCCUUAAUAUUGGGCAACGAGGGCCAGAGACUAUUUGCCAAAUACUACCGUCUUAAUGACGAGGCUCAAUCAUACAAAACGGCCACAGAACAGGCUGCUUUUGAAAAAGCCAUCUACUCCAAGAUAAAUAAACAACACCAGGACGUGAUCUUGUACGACAACCACUUGAUCACUUACAAGCAGACAAACGACGUCAUUAUUGUGCUCGUGGGCGGUGUCAAUGAAAACGAGUCCAUGCUUUACUCGUUGACAAACAACAUCAACGAAGCAUUGCUGAUCCUCUUGGACAACUCGUUGGACAAAACCACCGUGUUGCUGAAGUACGACAUGGUGGCUUUGUGUUUCGAUGAAGCUAUCGACGACGGAAUAAUCUUGGAAAUUGACCCAGCUAUUAUUGUCAGUAGGGUGACAAAGCCGCCUGUGAACAGCAACCCCGUGGGCGUCAACAUGGAGUCAGGUGUGUUCAACGCCUUUUCCUUUGCAUCGAAGAAGAUUCAGGAGAGAUUGCAGCAGGGUUUGUAG